ACGAAGAAGCAAGUUGUUGAAAACGACACGAAAUUCAAAAAAAACACAAAUGAUAAUAAUUAAAAAAUAAUAAUGAUGUUGAUAUACUCACAGAAGUGGAACCGUAUUCGGGCUCAGAAUUCACAAGUUUCCGUUUGCUGUUUGGAUUGGUCACAAACUUUUUCCGAGUUGGAACUCUUGUGGAAUUCGUAGUUUCACAGCGCUGGAAUUUGAUUUCCUGUGUCUGGAUUCACCGAUUCCAAGUGAAAUUCGGGAAGCGGAGAAAGAAAAUCGGAUCCUCAGAGACCGUUUGGCGUUCCGUACGCGAAGGUCAGCCUGAGAAAGAUGAUGCUGCGUUUUCCGGACCCGAUGAAGCUGAAAACUAAGAAGAUUGUGUUUGAGGAGGUGUAUGCUGCGCGUGACUCGGCAACGCUUGAGCAAAUGAAGGAGCUGAGCUCCAAGCGGAGAGUGAUCGAGGAUUCCAUCAAUGAGAGCAGCUCCAUUACGGAUGCUAUUGCGAGAGAAAUGUCUGGAGGGUUGACAUCUCACCUUCAGCAGGACCUUCAAAAGCUAGAAGAGUAUCUGCCUUUACUGGAAAAUUUGAUUUUCCAUACGGAUUUGAUUAGUAGCAAUGGCCGGAUGGUACGGUGGACUUCGGAUCUGAAGAUACGAUGGAUUAGUGUGUUGAGCUCAUCCUCUUUCUUUAACCUUAGGGGUCCAAAAUUUUAUCAAAUUGAUAACUUGCGGUUUGAGCUUGGUAUGACCCUUUUUCUCUAUGGUGCAAUCCUUCGAGAGAGGGCUUUGGAAGUUCUGCCAACUGAUUUGGUGCAAUCUGCCACCUUCUUCAGAGAAGCUGCCGGAGUUUAUCAUCAUCUAGCUAAUGAGGUUCUCCCCUCUUUAUUGCCUGCAUUGCCUGCAGACAGGCCACUGGAAGCUAUCUCAUCUGUGUCCACUGUCAUGAGCCUCAUAUGUUUGGCAGAGGCCCAGGCAGUAACUAUAAGGAAGGCUGAAGAAAAAGGCACUGCUAUAGGCCUCUUGGCAAAGUUGCACCAUGGUGUUAUGCAGUUACUUGAUGAAGCUGAUGGCGUUCUAAAUACAGCAACUAGAGAGUACAGAGAUAUUUCAUUACGCUUUGUGGAAUUUAUAUUGUCUUGCAAAUCAUUACAUGAGUUAAGAAGUCAAAAAUAUCUUGCUGAAAGUCUGAAGAUUGCUGGCCAAGUUGGGGUUGCAGUUGGAGUUCUUGGUCAAGCACUGAUCAAUGCCAAAAAAUCGAUGCCAGGGGAAGAAUUAUGGAAAUCAGUGUUCAGAAAGGAAAUUGAUGAUGCUUCUGCAAUGCUCAGGAAAUUCGAGUAUGAGAAUGAAUUCGUCUGGCAUGAGAAGAUCCCUUCGGGCGAUGAGUUGCCAUUACCCCAAGGUAAUAAAAUUGUGAGCAUUAUACCGUACCGCCCCAAAAGAUGGGAGAGAGAACUUGCUUUCAAGAUAUAAAUGUACAGAGUAAGUGAUACAAAUGGGUAAUGCCAUAUGCCACAUUUGUACCUGAACUAUCACACAAUGACGUGGCAGUCCUAACCAUCUCUUGGAUUUUUUUUUUUUUAACAAAAAUUAAUUCAUGGGUUGGUUAGAAUUGCCACGCUAGCAGAAUAGGAAUGUGGUAUGCAGCAUUACUCUAUACACAUACUUGUCUUUGUUCCCUGUUGAAGCCUAUCAAGCUUCUUGGCUUUCUCAUUCUAAUUCUCUAAACAUGUUCUCUCGAGUCUCUGUUCAUUGAAAGAGGGGCUGAGGUCUAAGGCUUUGCUUGGUCAUGGAGUUGUAUGGACUAAGACUAUGCAAAUUGCAACUGUUGAUGUAUUAUGGUUUUUGAAGAAUAGAAUCUGUUAAAAAUUGUGUGGCAGAUGAUGAAACCAUCAUUGGCUAUUAGAAGGGAUUUCACGCGCGGGGUUUCUGACGGCAAAUUUUGUUUGUUAAUAUUUUUUGUUUGAAAGUGUUUUGAUGUGAGACAUGAGAGUAGUUUUAAGUGUUUUUUAUUUUUAGAUUGUUUGUUAAUAUUUUUAUUUUGAAAAGAGACAACAAAAGGGAGAAGCAGCUUUUUACCUUUUUAAA